GUGAACGAGGCUUAAACUGCGUUCACGUUACGGAAGCAGAAAGACAGAACAGAUCCGUAUAUUGGUGUUCAGUGCCAAAUUAGGAGGCAGUAUAGGCGAAAAUAAUAAGACGUGAUGAAAGGUACCGAAGAGUCAUGAAGGCAUGCACUUCCGGUUAAAACCAGGGGACCGAGGUAGUUCAGGCAAUCUUACUCGCGGUUUGGUUGCGUGUGAUAUUUAGUGUUUGUGCUUUGAUCUGGGCAUGUGAAAGUUUGAAGAUGUAAUUGUAACACUGAAUAAAUAUUACAACGAUGGCCCGCAGUAAACAGGAGGAUCUGCUUUUGGAAGAACGUAUAGAGAAAAUUCGGAAGAGAAAUGAAGAAAUAAAGAGGCGGCAUUUGGAGGUAGAAGCAGACAAACAAAAUGCAGCGAAACUGAAUGCCCUGGUUCAAAUAACAAGUCCAGCUGAAGAUUGGCCGAUUGGAGGGAGAUCACCGCCUCAUAGUCACGGAAUAAUCAGGGGUAGACAUUUAGAACAGGACAGGUUGCAGCAGAAUAACAGCAACAGCAAUAGUUCUGCAAAGUGUUAUACUUUUGGAGAGCAGGAGGGCUCCCUACCAGAUGCUUCUUACAAGUUUCUAGCAGAUGUGGAGCAGGACUCUGAUAGAAGUCACUCUCAACAACGUUCACAAUGGAGGGGAAAGACCAGUAGGAGAAGCAGAGGAGCCUUCACUCGAGGCAGAGGUAGACAGAGGUUACAUCAGUAUGGUGGAGGGAGUGAUGUUCCUCAGCCAGAAUAUGAAGCCUGGAGAGCUGAGAGAAAUCGCAUUGAUAGAGAUCGCAUCAGUCGUCAGAAAACUGCAGAGGGACGUUGGCGUCGUGAGUGGGAUAAUGAAAAGAUAACACAGGAGGAGGAAGAUGUCAGACCAACAACUAGAAUGUCAAGAGGUGGUGGAUUUGACAGGAGUGAUUCUGACUGCAGUUCUUAUCAUGAUUAUAGAGCACAUACAACUCAAAACUGUGUGAGGUCUGGAGAAAAUGCAUUGUCUGGACCAUUCCAGGUAUCAGAAAGGAGUGGAGGAGGUCAUGGUGUAUCACGUGGAAACAGAGGCAACGUACAUACCUGGCGACACAAUCAACCUCAGACCCAACCAAUUCAUGAUGACAAGGAAAAGAGCACUGUUGUUUCUCACAGUGAGCGCAAUGUGGUCACUGUAGGAGAGUCAAUGAAGAUCUGUGUUCGCAACAGUUCUCCUGCACCUCCAGUCAGGAGGGUCAGAGUUAACAUUCCGGUAGUUGCUGGCACAGGUCGGGUAGGACCUCGGCAGAGGCUCCGCAUCAGUUACAGCAGCCAGUCGGAGGAUGAAGCCCCAUUUCGUAGAAUAGCAGUACAGUCCAACAGAGCUUCCAGUAAUGAUGAGGUGCCUCCAGAUUCCAACAGUACUCAUUCUACAGCAUCUUCUGCUGUAUCAAAGCCACCAUUGCCUCCUACAGGAAUGAAACUAAAUCCCAAAACAAAAAAACUGCAUUUUAAGAAACCAGAACAAGACACUAAGUUGAGAAAACAAAGAGUGAAGAAAGAGAUUGAUAGUACAGAAUUAUCUAAAUGUAUGAGCACAAAGGAAGGAGAAGUAACAAUGGUGAAAGUGGAAGAUUGUCAGAAGGACAUUGAAUCAGGUGGUGAUGAUUCAUGGGAAGAUGUCACUGCAAGUGGAAAUGAAAGUGCAUGUGAAGAAUUAUCACCAUGCAGUAAUACUGACUCCACAUUAGAUAUCAAGACAACCGAAUUGAAAUGUGGGAUGCUUCACACUUUAGAUGUGAAAUCAGAGUUCCUUCAGAACACAGAAUUGAAGUUGGGCUUACCUUAUAAAACAGAAGUGGAGUCAGGGAUGCUUCUGAAUACAGAAGUAAAGGUGGAGAUGCCUCAUGCAGAUAGAAAUAAUCCAAAUAUUGAAUCAAAUUAUUCUAUAGAGGUCUCACAGAUAAUUACAGAUGGUAAAGUUCCUGAGACUGUUGUGUCUGAAAGAAGUACAGAAUGCAAUGAACACAAGGAUAUUACAGAAAUUUACUUCGACAAAUCUCAUUCAAAUAUGUUAGUUGAAACUAAGAAAGGAAAUGUUAAUCAAACUAAAGAAUUAGAGGAGAAGGAAAAUAUAAAGAGCAAAGAAAAGAUGCUGGAAGGAGGAACCAAAAUAGAAUUGAAGAAUGGAUGUAGGCAGGAUGAAGCAGUAGGAGAAGCAGAAGUUAUUCAAACUACCGAAAGUGAAACAUUGUCAGACGGUGCAGCAGAAAACUGUAUGCUUGACGAAAAGCAGAAACUUGUCUAAUAUUUAGCUGAAGUUAAGUUGGAAGUGUUUGCUUAGAUGGAGAAGGUAAGACAAAACUGCUUGCUCCGUUAUUAACAUGGUGAGGUUUGAGGUUCUCACAGCGCAAUAACCCAGAAGACGGAUAUCUUCAUGGUGAGGUUUGGUUACAUGGUUGCUAAUGAGCAUCACCAAAUAUGUGUUUUUAUGAAUUAAAAUGUAGAGGCAAUAACAGUGAACAUAAUUUUUUUGCUGUGUGUACAUUUCUCAUGUUGUCCUGUAUCUUUAUAUGUGGAUGUGAUCAAAAAAUUGUCAAAAGGAAGUUAUUUAUUUUCACCAAAAUGCAUUUCAGACUGCAGAUGCUGUGAUGGAUGUCUUGUAGGAAGGCCAAUUCAGUUUAGAGACAAAACUUAGAGGUUUUAUUCUGGUGUGGAAUAAAUAUAUUUAUAAACCUGUUGCAGUUGUCACCAAUUUCAAGAAGAGGAAAAAGAAAUUAUUUGUAUUUGACGUUUCCUUCUUAUGUAGGAAGAAAAACUUUGUACCACCUCCAUCUUUAGGGUGCAAGAUUGCAUGACAGUUGACAAAGGUGGCCCUUACAAGGAACUUUUCAUUUGCAGUGGUUUCAUGUCUGUGUAUCCACCUGUGAUAUGUACCAUUAAAAGUAAAGCUCAACCACUAUACACCAUGGAGGCACUGAAGUGAGAGGAGGUACAGCUCAUACUCAUUUUUGACCUUGGCACUAGAUGUGGGGAGGGCAGGUGGUCAGCUCAUGCCUCGGUUACACUUUAUUCCUUGGGAAAGGACUUUGAGUACCAUUUGUUAGAAAGGUGGGUGGGACCCAGAGUUGGUCUAGAUGCAGAGGGUAGAAGAAAAAUCCUUUCCUCCUGCCAGGGAUUGAACCCUGAUCAUGCAGUCUGUAAUCAGAAGUGAAAUUUUCUGAGCUGAGGUAUUUAUCAUUGCAGUUAUAAGGAAUAGCCACAUUUAAUGGAGUCCUUCCUUUUUACCUAAAGAUGAUGACAGAUGCUUUUGUAUCAAUGAGCCUAGUGAUCAAGAAUAGCUGUAACAGUUCUUAGUAGGUACCCUUUCUUCAUACCUAAGAAUGGAGACACAACCUUAUCUCCAAAACCUGUGUCACAGGUGCUAUGUGUAGGUGUGCUUUCCUUUAGCCUGAACAUUGAGACAAUCUAUUGUCUGUUAUCAUUAGAUCUGGUAAUGGCUUCCACAAAAGGACACCAGAGAGUACUGUUUCUUGUACCUGAAGAAGCAGACAUUGUCAGCAUUUUCUAGAUACUGUUAUGUAUUUAUGGUGUAACAUGUAUUUUAUGUAUGAUUAAUAUGACAAUUUAUUCUCGAUAAUUUAUAUCAGUCUGUAGGAUGAAAGUGACGUUUGUGUGUGUUGUGUAGCAAUGGGGAUGGCAGUCUAGGUACGAACAUAGAAUAAAUAUCUAUUUAACAUUA